GUUAUCGAUUGAUUUCUUGAUAGCAGCCACUCUUUCUGAGGAGCACAGCUGUGUGUGUUGAGACAGAAGGGAGAUGGAAGUGUUCCAGGAGCUGCGCCGGCCAUCUGCACAUUUGGAGUGUGACCACUGCAGUUUCAGAGGCACAGAUUAUGAAAAUGUUCAGAUUCAUAUGGGCACCGUCCAUCCAGAGCUUUGUGAUGAGAUGGAUGCUGGGGGCUUAGGUAAAAUGAUAUUUUACCAGAAAAGUGCAAAGCUUUUUCACUGCCAUAAAUGUUUUUUUACCAGCAAGAUGUACUCCAAUGUGUACUAUCAUAUUACAUCCAAACAUGCGGCCCCAGAGAAGUGGAACGAUAAACCAAAAAACCAGUUGAACAAAGAAAUGGAUCCUAUGAACAGUCCUUCUGUUCCUGAAUACCAGAAAACACCUUGUAACUCAGCAGAGCUGAAACCUGUACCUCUUCUCUCUGCAGAAAUUCAAAAGCUUAGUCCAGUUCUCUCUCCAGAGUCUCUAACAUCUGCUCCUGUUACUCCUCUGGAACUUCAGAAAACUGGCCCUGUUGUUUCUCCUGAGCCCCAGGUACCUCUUCCUCUUGAGCCUUUGAAACCUGCUCUUGUGUCUUCUCCUGAACUUCCAAAACCAGUCCCUGCUGCUUCUGAAUCACAGAAGCAUGUUUCUUCUCCAGAGCCACAGAAACCUGCCCCCGUGUCUCCUGAACCAGUGAAAUCUGGUCUUUCUAACCCCAAGCCUCAGAAACACUCUCAUUUCACAGAGACAGGAGGGGCACCUUCAGCCUCUUCUCCAGAGUCACCAGUUCUGUCUGCUUCCCCUGAGCCUUGGGGGCCAUCCCCAACUGCAUCUCCAGAAUCUCGGAAGCCAGCCCAGACUGCCUCCCCUGAGCCAAGGAAACCAUCCCCAUCAGAGUCUCCUGAACCUUGGAAGCCUUUCCCUGCUGUCUCCCCAGAGCCCCGGAGACCAGCCCCAGCUGUGUCGCCAGGUUCCUGGAAGCCAGGCCCACCUGGAUCCCCAAGGCCUUGGAAAUCAAGUCCUUCUGCAUCAUCAGGUCCUUGGAAGCCAACUAAACCUGCUCCAUCUGUGUCUCCUGGACCCUGGAAGCCAAUUCCUUCUCUAUCACCUGGACCUUGGAAACCAACUUCAUCUGUAUCCCCUGCAUCCUGGAAGUCAUCUUCGGUCUCACCAGGUUCCUGGAAAACUCCACCUACAUCUCCAGAGUCAUGGAAGUCUGGCCCACCUGAGCUUCGAAAGACAACUCCUACGCUGUCACCGGAACAUUGGAAAGCCGUUCCCCCAGUAUCCCCUGAGGUUCGCAAACCAGGCCCACCACUCUCUCCAGAGCUCCGCAGCCCAGCAGGCUCUCCAGAGCUCAGGAAGCCCUCAGGAUCACCAGACCUUUGGAAGCUUUCUCCUGAUCAGCGGAAAACUCCUGCCUCCCUGGAUUUUUCUGAGUCUCAGAAAAGUUCCCGUGGUGGUUCUCCUGAUCUCUGGAAGUCUUCCUUCAUCAUAGAAUCUCAGAAACCUACUGUCUUCCCUGAGACCCGGAAAUCAGGUCUAUCAGAGUCUCCCAAAGCGGCCUCGGAUAUCUGGAAACCUGUUUCCUCCAUUGAUGCUGAGCCUAGAAAAUCCAUGCUGUAUCCUGAGCCCACCAAAACUGCCCAUCCUUCUUCUCCUGAGCCACGGAAACGUGUGCUUUUCCCAGAGCCUCGGAAACAUCCUCUUUUUUCUGAGUUCCCCAAAUCUGCUGUGUUCUCAGAGUCUCAAAAGACAGCUGAGCUUGGUGAUGAGCUACAGAUAGAGGCCAUAGGUGACCCAAAGUGUGAUAUUUUGGUUCAAGAAGAGCUUCUGGCGACACCGAAGAAGCUUUUAGAAGAUGCCUUGUUUCCUUCCUCCAAGAAACUCAAGAAGGACAGCCAGGAGCACUCAGAUGCCGAGCUAAGCAGCAGUGAGUACAUCAGAACAGAUUUGGAUGCCAUAGAUAUUAAGGGCCAAGAAUCAAGCAGUGACCAAGAGCAGGUAGAUGUAGAAUCUAUUGAUUUUGGCAAAGAAAACAAAAUGGAUAUGAGCAGUCCAGAGCAGUCCAAACAUGUGCUACAGUUCACUGAAGAAAAAGAAGCAUUUAUCUCUGAAGAGGAGAUUGCAAAAUAUAUGAAGCGUGGAAAAGGAAAGUAUUAUUGCAAAAUUUGUUGCUGUCGUGCUAUGAAAAAAGGUGCUGUUUUGCAUCAUUUGGUUAAUAAACAUAAUGUCCACAGCCCUUACAAGUGCACAAUUUGUGGAAAGGCGUUUCUUUUAGAAUCUCUCCUUAAAAAUCAUGUAGCAGCCCAUGGGCAAAGUUUACUCAAAUGUCCACGCUGUAAUUUUGAGUCAAAUUUCCCAAGAGGCUUCAAGAAACAUUUAACUCAUUGUCAAAGCCGGCAUAAUGAAGAGGCAAAUAAAAAGCUGAUGGAAGCUUUUGAGUCACCCCUGGAGGAGCAGCAGAUUUGAUUUUCAAAUAUACUGAAUACUGCUCUAUGGCAUUGUUUGCUGAGCUGAUAGUUUGUUAUGUAGGUUGGUUGGAUCAGUAGAUGGUAAUGUGUAUGGUGUACCAUGUUUGUUACAAAGCAUAAGCAUUUGGUUAUUUUUUCAUGGUCUCUGUUAAUGUGACUGUCUUAUAAAUCAAUAAAACUUUAAUGUAUAUUCCAGAUGGACAAAACUUCUCAUUUCUUUUAAGUGUAUUUGAGUAGAAUUACAAAGGGGUAGGUAUACCAUUUAAUAAACAAUUUAACAAACAACUUCUAAACACCUAAAUGUGUGUGUGUGUGUGUGUAUGAAUGUAUGUGUAGCUGAUUUCAGACAAUAGAAAUUACUAAGUGGGCUGGACAUAUAGCCUUCCUUGGUAAAGCACUUACCUACCAUGUGUGAAGUCCCUGGGUUUGAUACCAGCAUUGAAAAAAUGGAAUGUUUAAAAAUUUGGCAUGAAAAUAAGCUUGAGAAAAAUUUUGUUGCCUUUCCUUAAACAUUUUCAAAUCAUAAGAGUUAUUUUCUUUUUUACCAUGUAAAAUCAGCUUAUAAAUCUUGAAUAGUUUAUAGAUGUUAUUUUGCUUUUGUGUCAUGGAAAGUUGGGAGUCUCAGGGUCACUGAUUUUCUGCUAACAGGGAAAAUUAAGUCCUGAAAGUAGUUUGCAGUCUCUUGCUGGAGGCUGAGAGGAGAGUUAGUGUGAUGGGGCCCUUGUUCUUAGUCAUUUCCAGUGGAGUCUUCCAUUUGGUGUCCUGCCCUUCACUUCCCUGCCAGCUCACACCACAGAUGAUCCUAAUUGCCAAAUGUGUUAGUUUGUCUGUCCUACUCCUGGGCCCUUUGUACCUCCUUUGGGGUUUAAGACCAGAGUAAUGGAUAGGAGUGGAAAGUCUUCCAAAUUCAUAGUAAAAAUUUUUAUAAAUAGACAUUUCUGUUUGAGAAAUAUAUUAAUUUUGUUUUUCACAGUUCUGUUACUGUAAAUGCUUUGUACCUAUUCAUGGAUUAUUUUAUUCUAAGAUACUUUGUCAAAUGUGUAUAAACCAAAUUAA